GACCAAGUUAUGAGUUAUCACAUUUUAGAUGGGAAAUAAAAAGCUAGUAAGUAGGUCCUCCUCAGUCCUCACCACCAUUUCUGAACCCUAAGCCGCUGUUGUCUCCUCCCUUCUACUGCAGCUGCGGCCGCCACCGCUCCUGAUCUAUCUGUGUGCUUUGAUUCUCCACACGCCCACUGAUCCAAUUCAUUCAUUCUUCAACCACACCAAUCAUGUUCACCGGAAUUGUCGAAGAAAUGGGCACCGUCGAGAAAAUUGGCGCCGCCACAUACGACGCCACCGGAACCAGUGCCUUCAUCAUGAAGAUCCAUGCCAAGACCGUCCUGGACGGCAUCAGCCUCGGCGACAGCAUCGCGGUCAACGGGACCUGCCUCACCGUGACGGAGUUCGACGCGUCUAGCUUCACCGUGGGCGUGUCGCCGGAGACACUGAGGAAGACGUCGCUGGCCGAACUGGAAGUCGGGUCGGCGGUGAAUUUGGAGCGGGCGUUGACCCCAACGAGCCGCAUGGGAGGACACGUGGUACAGGGUCACGUGGACGGCACGGGGGUGAUAUUAUCGAAGGUUCCAGAAGGGGAUUCGUUAUGGGUGAAGGUGAAGGCGGAGAAGGAGGUGCUGAGGUACGUUGUGCCAAAAGGGUUCAUAGCCGUGGACGGUACGAGUUUGACGGUUGUGGAGGUUUGUGAUGAAGAAGGGUGGUUCAGUUUCAUGCUUGUGGCGUAUACACAGCAGAAGGUGGUUAUUCCGAUGAAGGAGGUUGGGCAGAAAGUUAAUUUGGAGGUUGAUAUUUUUGGCAAGUAUGUGGAGAGGUUCCUUGGCGGUUAUGCUGUUUCAGUCUCAUCUUCAAGUUCUUGAUCACUUUUUUUUCAUUUUGAAUUUUCUUCUUGUUAGCAAUUUUGUUGUGUGGGGGCAAAGAUUGAUGAUAGAGCAUGCUGAAUUUGGAGGAUAAAAUUCAUUUCCCGUCAACAAAAAAUUUGUUUGCCUUCAAAAUCAAGCACAUGCUAUUGCUGAUUUAUAUGUAUUUGUUGUAUGAGAGCUACUCAACUUGCAUUAUCUGUUGGGGAUAUGUGUAAUUGUUACUUAACUAUAGUUUGAUAAAAUAAAAGAGAAAGAAAAAGAAAUUUCUUACCG